UCCUCCGGAUAUAGAAAAGGAAGUUAGAAACCUAUAUUUGGCUCUCUGUGAAUUGCUCAAUCAUUUUUGGAGAUGUUUCCCACCUACAAAUUCCAACGCAGAAACUAAGUUAGUAAAAAUGCAUGAGGCUUUGAACAGGUUCCAUACAGCUAAAUUAAAACCUUUCGAGGAUAAAUUAAUUAGGGAACUUUCCCCUCUGUCGCACCACUUAACGAAACACUUAAACCAGCUGCUGAAUGCAGCGUACCAGAAGUUUAACAACUGGCAGAAAAUCAAAGGACGGUAAUUAAAACAGUUUACGAGAUAUUUAUAAUUACGAUUAUAGCAAUACGAGUACCUUUGUGGGUAUUUACUAAUAAUAAGAAAAUGAUUUACUUAUAAGAAAACUGAUGUAAUAAAAGACACUUUUCUGUUGUGGCCCGACGUGGGUCAUUACUUAAUUUUUUCGCCUUGUCUAUCAUACAAACUUAGUACAGAUCUUUGAUAUUUUAUACCAAAUAUUCAAGAUAUUAAACGAUAAACUGUAUUACUACCUUUAGUUAUCUUCAUUACUGAUUAUUUAUUUUUUUGUAAAAAUGUAUGGUACUAAUUUUAAUUUUUAUUACUUUUUUUUGUUAAUUAAAUUUUUGUGUUCGACGUUUAUGUUAAUCGGUUACAAAAUAUUUCAUUUCAACAAAGAUAGUUUUGCAAAUACAUAUAUAAAAACCCAAAAGCAAUAAACAUAAUUUUGGGUAUUGUUAGUAGUAUGAAGAUUAUAUUAGAAAUGGAAUUUUAGGAAAAAAUGUACAUUGCAGCCCUUUUGGCUUUUACACAAAGAUGCUAUCAAACUGGAAAAUUAUAUAAUUUUGAUAUAUUUGUCACAAUUAUCACUCAACAUGCUUAUUUUGCUUACAUUUAUACGUUUUUAAAAUUUGUUCUACGCAGUUGUCAGCUCAAUAUAAAAAAACAAAUUUGCGAUUCACUAAUAUCACAUUUUUUGUGGAACAGUACUUGUAUCUAUAAUUUUUUCCAAAUGCCAUUCUCCAUUCGUACUCUUAAAUACAGGGCGAUUCACAUAAAAUUCCUUGGUCUUGUAACUUGACAACGGAAAGAGAUAUUUUCAUUCCAUAGCUAGUUGAUUGAGUUAUAUUUAAUAUAUUUUUCAAAAGUAUCUCACGGGGUGUCCCGAUUUUACUGAUACAGAUCCUAAAGUUCUUCGUUUUUGAGAUAGACGGUGUUAAAGUUUCCUGGAUGCAAAGGCAGUUUAAAUUCGACUAGUUUGGGAUUGCUACCAUGAACAAAGAUAAUAUUUGUACAUUAUGAAAUUCGAAUAUUUUCAACUUGGUCGUGAAAUAUCUCGGAAACUAUUGAAUUUUCGACACAUGUCUAUAGGAAAUAGUUUAAAUAGUGAAAAUCGAUAUACUUAAGAGGGCUCUAUAGCAAAUAGGCAA